CACCGCGUGCGAGGAGACAUCCCCGGACGGCUGCAUCCCGGCGACACGCCGUCGUCGCGGCCUCUUCUUCUUCUUCUUCUUUCCCCUCGGCCUCUGCCCGCCGCUAGGCUUGCCACCGGACGGGCUCCGCGCGAGCGUGCAGGGAGCGCCGCCCGAUCGGCGCCUCGCCUUGGACCUGGGAGGCAGUCCCCCACCCCCGGCCCAGCGCUCGCGUUCCCCUCCUGAUCCGUGGGUUUUCUUGGAGUGGGGCGCCCGUGCCGGAGAUGCAGAGUUUGGGGGAUUUCAGGCUUCCUCCCUUCUUCAGCUACCCGCCUUACUUCACUUUGCAGCCUGUGCGAGAAACACGUGAAAAGCAAGUGCAGCUAUGGAAAGAUCUGAUACUUGAUUACUGCAGAAGUCAAAAGAUAUAUAUAGUCUCCCUAGAAGAAGAUUUCCCAUUGUUCUCCAAUCCAAAGAUUGAGAGAUCUCUUAGCCAUGAAGCAAAAGAAGUAUUCCUUGCUGCUCUUGUUAAUGAAGGACGUGCGGAAUGGAUGGACAAAGGUCAUAAGAAAUGCCUCAUUCUUUGGUUGCGGAUACAAGAUUGGGCAAACUACAUAUUGAAUUUUGUAAAAGAUAAUGGACUGGAAGAUAAUGUAAUGACUGUUGAAGAAAUACGUUCAGGAAUUGAAACACGUGGGACUGAACUUGCCGGAAUCGACCGAGGUGUUCUCAUGAGGGCUUUGAAGUUAUUGGAACAGAAGGGCAAAGCAGCAAUCUUUAAGGGCACUUCAGCUGAUGAUGAAGGCGUAAAAUUUUCGGCAUAACAUCCGGUUCCUGUGUGAUCCCCAACUUGGCAGAUCAAUUAUCUUGAGCAGCAUCUUUGAAUGAUGAGAAAAUUCCUCUCAACCAGUAUGCUGAUCACGUCCUUCCCAAGCAUAUUUUAUCUGCCCUAUUGUUCACUGCUGCUGCUGUUAAAUACCCAGCUGGCCUGUCCAUCUUUGACUAAAUCAUUGUGAUCAGAUCUUAAUUCAUGUCCACAAGCAUACAUAUAAAGCCUUCUGUUGUCUGAUCAAA